AUGGCUGAGAUGAAUGAUCUCGCAAAGUUCAACUAUUUAUCAUUUUUUGAAGUAAAAUCUUCAUACUAUCAAUGGAUAGGACGACCUGACCUUGAUCAAGUUUACUCUCUCGAGCUUCAUACAUCCGAUAACUUCAAUGAAAUGUCCUUCGACAACUCUUAUGGUUGCAUCAAGCUUCACGAUAAUGUGUAUUAUAUCUGUCUCGGGUACUGA